GAAGCCAACAGUUGGUCCUCAGCUGCAAGAGAGGGAGGUCGAGCUCUCUGGCAAUGGGCCGGGCCCAGGGAGCCGUCCAUCACGGGGAUCACUCACACCUUCGGCACCGCUGUGUCAUGAGCUUCUUGGGAGCGAGGAGGCAGGGCCGUUUGUCUAUCUGCCCCUUGGCACCCGCCAGCACUCCCAGCAGCCCUUAGUCCUCCCCAAGAGCUCUGUUCGUUCUCCUUGGAGUCUGAUGGGUGGGGUCCACAGCUCCCUGGGCCGUCCCCCAGCACCACCGGCCGCCCUGAGCUCUGGACCUGGGACCAGCCUGGGCUCGGCUCCUGGGCCAGAGCCAGAGACUGGGCCGGCCGUGGACCUGAGCUCCCUGCCCCUGGAAGUGUGGCUGCAAAUUCUGAUCCACGUGCCCCCCCGGACGCUGGUGACCCGAUGCCGGGCCGUGUGCCAUCAGUGGCGGGCACUGGUGGAUGGACCAAUACUAUGGCGCCUUCUCUGGGCCCAGGCCAAGGAUGCUCCAAGCCAGGCGCUACUUGUGGCCACUCACUGCUACCCUCCUGCCCCCAAGCCCUGCUCCUGGGCCCGCCUGGGCAUCCUGCAGCCCCUGGCUCGGAACCUGCUGCGGAACACCUGCGGGGAAGAGGGGUUCCGGAAAUGGAAAGUGAAAGAUGGCGGACACGGCUGGAAAGUGGAACAGAAUUUGAGGCCCGUGCCCGGGGCCCCGGCCCAGACCUGCUUUGCGUCUUCCUUCAGGUGGUGCCAGAAGUGGCAGGUCGUGAACCUUCUUGCCCAGGGGCUGUGGCCGGAGCUGCUGGACGACCCCCGCACAGAGAUCCACAUCAGUGAUUGGUGGGGCGCCCGAAGCGACUCGGCGGCCAGUAGGCUCCCGUCCAGACCGGUGGCGGCCAGGGCCACCGUCCUUAGGGAGUUUGAGCAGGCCGAGCCUAUCCCCUGCCCCAAUGACAACCCCUACCUGCAGGUGCGCACUCAGAGCAGGGGAGGGGGCAGGGAAAGGAGGCAGCCCAUCCCUGAGCUGUCCCCAGGGACACCCACAGCCCUCAGCUGGUCGGGGCCGGGGGCAGCCCCAGCAGGAGGAAGUGGGGAGUGCUCUGGGGCGAGGUUGGAGUUCUGUGGGCCCGACGCCAGGAGGACGUGGGAUACCCUUCCUCCAGGUGACCCCAGACGCUCUGGGCCCCGCACCCCUGGGCCCCCCUCUUCUCCAAACUGCCCAUCCUUCCAAGGUCGAGCCUUCCUGGGCCAAGCCCAGCUCUCCACCCUCUGA